AUGCAGAUGCCCACCUCGUCAGAAGACGAGAAGUGUCCUACCGUGGCACCCAUGUGUCCCCCGGUGGCCGCCCCCAAGGUCAUCGGACUCUACGGGGUGCCGGGGGCUGGCAAGACUUUUCUAAUGAACAAACUGAACCAGCAGCUUGGUGAGGAGCGUUUUGCCUUUUUUGAAGGAUCCGAGGUCAUUGCCUCUGUAAUUACUGGCGGGCUGGAUGCAUUUAAAAAGCUCGACGAGUCUGAAAAAGCCGAGUAUCGCAAGCGGGCUGUUCAGAAGAUCAAGUCAACUUGCAGCGAGACCAGGAAAGUUGGGAUCGUUACCGGCCACCUCAGCUUUUGGGACGACGAAAGAUGUGACCACCCCAUGAAGGUCGUCACUGAGGAUGACUUGGAUACCUUCACUCAUAUUUUGUACCUCAAUACUCCGGUGCAUAUGAUUACCGAACAACGAAAAAAGGAUACCGAGAGACUACGACCAAGUGUGUCGGAGAGUCGUUUGUGCGAGUGGCAAAAUUAUGAGACAAAAGAGCUCUCUUCUCUUUGCCUGGACAAAAACAUUAUGUUUGCUCAUGUUUGGUCCGGUUUGAGCUGUAAGCUGUCGACCUUCAUUCGUGACAUUCAAUGUCACGAUGAGGGAUAUAACAUGGCUGUUGCCAAUGAUCGUUUGGACAAGAUUCUCUCUGACCAUGGUGACGACGUUCAGACUGUCUUGUUUGUUGAUGCAGACAAGACGCUCUCGGAAGACGACACCAGCGAAACCUUCUGGACGAUGUUGGAAGAUUUUAAGGGCGUCCAUAAUCCGCUAAGACGGCUCUUCAACAAGAUGGGGUAUACGUAUGCCGCGUUCAGACAGGCUAUGAUGUACUAUGAAGAUCAGGUCUGCGAUAAUGACUUCUCUUCUAUCUGCGACGAUAUUGCAAGUGAAAUCAAUCUCUAUCCCCAGGUUGCCCUGCUUCUCAAAACGGCGAAAGUCAUUGAGAGAGAAGGGCUCUCUAAUGUCGUUAAAGUCAUCGGUGGUGGCCGUAUCGACGACGGAUUGGUGGUUACCCCUGAGGUGAAGAGAAGUUUAGUUGUUCGUGCUCAAACAGUCCAUGGAGCCCACACCUGGGCGAUCGGGGACAGCCCUAUUGACUUGCCGAUGAUGUUGGCUGCAGACAAGGCGGUUGUCGUGGUGGGUAAAGAACAAACGCGAAGCAAGAGCAUGGAUGGCGCUUUACGUGAUGCUAUCCUCAAUGAUGGGCUGCAGGCUAGGCAGGCCUUGCUGCCCUACAAUACUCUGAAACCACGGCUUGACCUGAACAUACUCCCUGUGAUCCAUUUAGAAGACGAAAAUAUCCAAAGUUCGAUCUUCCGCCGCUGGUUUCGAUUCUACCACGCGACCGAUGAUAACGCUUCUAAGUUGUUGAGUACUCCUAUGAGAGACGACGCCAUCCGCGGGCCGGCCCUCCAGGAUGCUCAUAAGAAGGCUGCUCACUAUCUGUCCACAAAAUACCUGGCAGAGAUCAUCGGGCUUGAAGCGUUCCCCGUACGCCACCCUCAAAACAAAUCCAUCGACGGAUACCGGCUUCUCAACGAAGGCCAGACGUUGAUCGUGCCGCUGAUGCGCGGUGGGCUGCCUAUGGCAAACGGUGUUAACGAGGUCUUUCCAACUGCCCAGCUCCUGCACGCCAAGUUCCCCCACGACGUGAAGAGGGAGAAUCUCAAGGGCAUCGUCACUGUGAUCUUGGUCGACUCUGUUAUCAACAGUGGCAAGUCCAUCGUGGAGUUCCUGCAACAUAUUAGACAGAUUAAUGCUGCCGUUCGUGUCAUUGUUGUUGCUGGCGCCGUGCAGGACCAGGCCCUCAAAGGCGGGAGUGCCAUUCGUGCUGUCGCGCGAUCAAUGGAGGUUACCAUUGUCGCUCUCCGGGUUUCGAAGAACAAGUACACUGGAAAGGGAACUACCGACACCGGUAAUCGUUUGUUUAAUACCACUCAGUUGGACUGAUGAUGGGCCGGUCAUACUACUUGGAUGAUAUGGACAGCCGGAGCUCGGGUUAGAUUUUGGAAGGCUGAUAACAGAGUUGGCGAUGGCGCACUUUGACAGAAGAGUUUUGGCUUUGGAGAUACGGACGGUUGUG